GAUAAGUGUUGCCGUAUUGUUUAGUUGUAUGUAUGCGGGGUGUCAUGGCUAAUUGGCUCGAACUCGAGCACUGAUCAAGUAUGCAGCUGUUUUCCAACGACAACCAUCGAGAAGAUGGAGCAGCUAAUGAGCCCAGAAGCACUCUGCGAUCGACUGAAUAUACUCCUCUCGAGCUUGCCGAUAACCGAAGUCGAGAUCUUCAAAACCCCAUCGACUAUCACCACCCCAAACCCACACCAUCCAUUCCUGGUCUAUGGAAACCAUCAACUGGCCAUACCACAGAAGACACUAGCCAUCAUCUACGCAUCCGUCUCGCAACGCUUCCAUAGGAUAUACGAGAACAAUCCAACGACUGGCCAACAGGACCCAGAGGAAGUCUUCCAACUACACCCGGCUCCUGUUGAUCCAGAACCCAGACCAUCUGACCG